UCUUUUCCCAACCUAAAUUUUUGUCCCAGUCACACCAGCAACCUAGUCAACAACCACCUGCUGCCACCUGGGGAGGCCUGGGCCUCUGGAGUUUCAUUCAAACCCAACUUGUUUGAAGGUCAGCAGGAAUCUGGCCUUAUCUUGGCAUCCAGAAAAGUCACAAGGUUCUUACUGGAAGCAGAUGUGCCUCUCACACCAUGAGGUGAUUUUUUUGACCACUUAAUAGAGGAGACUGCACCUCAGGAGGUUGUGACUUGCCAGGAAGGUGGCUGGGGCCCCUCUCCACAGACACCACACUCGAACCACUCUGCUACGGUGGACCAGAGUCAAGGAUAGGACACCAUCCUUCCGUGUCAGCCAGCCUUCUAACAGCCUCGUGUCCUAGGACACACCAGUGUCCUCGGCCCUCGGCAGAAUGUCCAAGCAGGAUUUGAGUGUCACAGCAAAACUCAUCAAUGGAGGUGUGGCAGGGCUCGUGGGGGUGACCUGUGUGUUCCCCAUCGAUUUGGCCAAGACUCGACUUCAGAACCAGCAUGGAAAAGAUAUCUACAAAGGAAUGAUAGAUUGCCUGAUGAAGACGGUGAGGGUGGAGGGCUUUCUGGGCAUGUACCGAGGGGCCGCAGUGAACCUCACAUUGGUCACUCCAGAGAAGGCCAUCAAGCUGGCAGCCAAUGACUUCUUUCGGCAGCUGCUCAUGGAAGAUGGGAUGCAGCGGGACCUGAAGAUGGAGAUGCUGGCCGGGUGUGGAGCCGGGAUGUGCCAGGUGGUGGUCACCUGUCCCAUGGAGAUGCUGAAGAUCCAGCUGCAGGACGCUGGGCGUCUGGCAGCCCAUCCUCAGACUUCGGCCCCAGCACCUGCCUCCUGCAGGCCCCAUGGUGUUGGCUCAGCUCCUGCCCACAAGCGCCCAUCUGCCACCCUCAUCGCCUGGGAGCUGCUCCGCACUCAGGGGCUGGCUGGUCUCUAUAAGGGCCUGGGUGCCACUCUCCUCAGAGACAUCCCCUUCUCCAUCGUCUAUUUCCCACUGUUUGCCAACCUUAAUAAUCUUGGGUUCGACGAGCUUGCCGGGAAGGCUUCCUUUGCUCACUCUUUUAUGUCAGGCUGUGCUGCCGGUUCCAUAGCUGCUGUCACAGUAACACCUCUGGAUGUUUUGAAAACUCGAAUCCAAACCCUUAAGAAAGGCCUGGGAGAGGACAGCUACACUGGGAUCAGAGACUGUGCCAGGAAACUCUGGAUUCAGGAGGGACCAUCUGCCUUCAUGAAGGGAGCAGGCUGCCGCGCCCUUGUCAUAGCCCCGCUCUUUGGGAUUGCCCAAGGGGUUUACUUCCUUGGUAUCGGAGAGCGCAUCUUACAGAGUUUUGAGUAGGUCCAGCUGGAGCUCGGUCCCUUAGCUGGCUGCCAUCCCUCCAGCCAUUGUACCCAGGCUAGUGGGGAACAGCAGCAGGCCCGCCACACAGUAUUUUGUCCUCUAACUCGUAGCGCUACCUCAGUCUCAGAAGAAACGAUCUUAAUCUAAUAAGCUGGCUACAGCCCAUCCUGCCCUCCAAAGCCAGACUACCUACUUUUCCACAAAAACAGUACAUGCUUUGGUUGUAUUAACUACAGGGCCUUAACAGACAGCAAAGAUAGAAGGGUUGUUCUACAUUUUAUAGUUCUAUUUCGCACUCAAUCAGUAUACUUGAGUCAGUUGGAGGAUUUUGUUGUGUUAAUUCUGAAUCAAGUAACUUAUGGUUAGUCCUAGCACUCAUUUAGGGGAAAAAGAGGAUCAGAAGUUCAAGGGGACCAUGAAAGCCCUCAAACUCAGCACCUAGUCUGAAACCACGUAAAUCCUUUCCAAAUAUGGAUGGCUGGGGUAAGGUCAGCUCAGACCAAGUGGCCCGGCAGUCAGGGCAGCCACCCUGCCCCACAUCCUCCUUCUGGAACACAGGCUCUUACAGAGCAAUGUCCAUAGGACAGUCUGAAAUAGUUGGCUGGUUAUCAUCUCGUCUUAUAAUUAGUGGGAGAAACAGACAGGCUGCAAUGAAUAGUCUGUCAUCUACUUUUUGUGUCCAUUUCAGAACCAAAUGACAUGAGAAUGAGCACAGGUACAGGUCUCUCACUGUGUAAACUGUUUCUUAGAAGGGGAAGACCACCACAGGGAUGCUUUGUUUUUGUUGCAGUGGCUUUUAAGUCUUGGUUCUGUCACAUCAUAACCCAUCGCCUUGAGGGCCUGAGUUUACUGUGACAGAGUUCCCAGGUGCCUCAAUUCUUUCCCCCACAAGGCUGCUACAGACUCGAGAAACAGUAUCAGAAUGGGGGAUCAAGUCCUGAGAAAAAAAUGCCUCUCCAGGAGUUGGUAUUUCCAUUAGUCCCCACCUGAUCUAAAACUCAUGGUAAUGAAAAAAUAGUCAGCCUUCCUAGCCUCCUCCUCGAGAAAAAGGACUGCAUUUGAGCAUGGGCUCUAGACAGACCCAAAUGAAAAUGCCAGCCCUUCCACUUACUUAGCUACAAGACAUUGGGCAGCGCAUAGUCAUCUGAGGAAAGAAUAAAUGAGGGACGGGGGGAAGAAAAGGACGUUGUAAGAUGGUUUAGACCUAACACACAGCAAAAAAACCAAACCCUUUUUCGUUUUUCUGACUCUGCCAAAGCUGGUAAAACUAUUUCCUCAAUAAAGCUGUUGAACCCUCUAGAGGGCGGGAAUACUGAA